GGACGACUACACAAGCUUCUACAUCCACGGUCGGCGUGCCGCGAAGUGCCGCGUCGUGUCCGCUGAUCGCCAUUACUUGUUGUAGUGCACGUGUUUUUAAAAAGUAUCAUAAUGGCAGAAAUCGAGAAAACGAAGAAGAAGGGAAAGAAAAAAAGCUUGGGGGAGAUUCAAACGGCAAUGAAAUGUCAAAUGGAACCGUCUGAUGAAAUUACAAAAUUGGACUGCAAAGACUGGCCAUUGUUGUUCAAGAAUUUCGACAAAAUGAUCACCCGCACAAAACACUUUACUCCUUUGACGAGUGGCUCAACGCCUCUUCACAGAACUUUGUCAGAGUACAUCAAAUCAGGUUGCAUAAAUUUGGACAAACCUUCAAAUCCUUCGUCGCAUGAAGUGGUAGCAUGGAUCAAGAGAAUUCUCAAAGUUGAGAAAACAGGGCAUUCCGGUACACUAGAUCCUAAGGUUUCUGGUUGUCUAAUUGUUUGCAUAGACAGAGCCACUCGUUUGGCAAAGUCUCAACAGUCGGCAGGGAAAGAAUAUAUUGCAGUUUUUAAGCUCCACUCCGCAGUAGACAACAUAUUAAAGAUAAAUCAAGCGCUGGAAAAAUUACGCGGUGCGCUGUUUCAAAGGCCUCCGCUAAUAUCGGCGGUAAAGCGUCAACUGCGUGUAAGGACGGUGUACGACAGCUGGUUUCUCGAUUAUGAUGCAGAUAGGAAUAUGGGUGUUUUUAAAGUUAAAUGCGAGGCUGGAUCCUACGUCAGGACGAUAUGUGUACACUUGGGAUUGUUCCUUGGGACUGGAUGUCAAAUGCAAGAAUUGCGAAGAAAUCGCUCUGGUGUACAAAGCGAAUCGGAUAAUAUGGUGACUAUGCAUGAUAUUCUCGAUGCUCAGUGGCUGUAUGAGAAUCACGCUGAUGAAUCGUAUUUGAGACGUGUAAUCAAACCUCUCGAAGCACUUCUCGUCAAUCACAAGAGGAUAAUCGUUAAAGACAGUGCGGUAAAUGCAAUAUGCUAUGGUGCAAAAAUCAUGUUGCCUGGUGUUUUGAUGUAUGACGAUGGAAUAGAACUGAAUCAAGAAAUUGUCAUUGUCACCACCAAAGGAGAAGCCGUUGCUCUAGGAGUUGCUUUGAUGACUUCACCAACGAUGUCCGCUUGCGACCAUGGUGUGGCAGCAAAAAUCAAGCGAGUAAUAAUGGAGCGAGACGCGUAUCCAAGGAAAUGGGGUCUCGGACCAAAAGCUUCAAUCAAGAAGCGUAUGAUUGUUGAAGGAAAAUUGGACAAGCAUGGAAAGCCGAACGAAAAUACGCCUUCCGAUUGGUUGACCAGUUAUAAUGAUUAUUCAGAAAUUAAGAGCGAAGAGAAGAACGGUGGAACAGAACUGGCUGGUAAAAAGAGGAAACACGACGAAACAAUCGCUGAGACGACUGACGUAGCAGGUGAGGUGAAACAGGAACCUACUGAGAUGGAGGUCGAUCCACUUACCUCGCCAAAGGAUGCAAAGAAGGAGAAGAAGGAAAAGAAGAAAAAGAAAAAGAAGGACAAGCAAGCUGAGGAAGCUGCAGACGAAACUUUACCGACCGAAACAGAAGCUGAAACUCAAGAAACUCCACAGAAAGAGAAGAAGAAGAAAAAGAAAAAGAGCAAAGACGUCGAGGCACCAGAAGAAUCCGAAAACCAAUAGGAUCAUAAAAAGCGCGUCUGUAUAUUUUCACAAAGCGAACUACGUGAUUUGUAGCUCGUCCCUGAGGGUAUUUACGAGGAGAAAGAAAAAAUUAUUUUAUAGGAGCAAUUUUCGUACCAUCUCUUUAUGAAUUCCUCUGUGUUUUUACACAGAACCUCCUCAAACACGCAAACGCUUGUUUUAUUAUUUGCGCGCGAAUACUUCAAACUCUCGUGUUUCUUACUUUUUUACAGUUCCCGAUGAACAGCGAACUUUUGUAAUAAUCUAUGAGGUCCGUGUCUUUGAACACGGAAGAAAAAGAAAUGUGAGUUCGAACUUGUUCGUGAUAAAUGUAUAUAGAAUCGUAAUAAUUGCGAUGGACAUCGAUUGAAAAUAAUUGAAUCGAUUUUUUUCAUAGAUUUCUUUUGGUUUUUUUUAUAUAUAGACCCGAUUUUUCAAGAAAGGCAAUUGUGAUGAAUUUUCAUGAAAAAUAAUAAUACCGGUCAAAUCCUCGUACCUCAAAACAGAUUCUUCCACCAAACAUGAUUCGAAAAACAUAUUUUUUUUUUAUUGCAAAGUACACCUAAGAUGAAUAUAAAUUGAUGUUAUGGAUAAAAAAAACGAAAUGGUAUCAUCUUUCCGGAAAGUGGUUUACUAUUUUGAAUAAAAAAUAUUGCAUUAAAUGAA